UGAAACGUCAAGUUCUAAGGAAAAUUUCUAGUGAAUAAACCACUUUUUCAUUACGUCAUUAUCAAUUGAUAGCACAAUAGAACAUAAAUACCUAUAAUUUAACAAAGAAAAUGAAGUGGUUUGAAGGUAGCAUCAAUGAAGCUGUGGCAACAUCAAAAUCUAGGAAAGCGAUUUUCGUCGUGUUUGUCGAAGGAAAAGAUGACACAUCUGCACAAAUUGCCGAAGCAAUCAAUACUACAGAAGUUUCUUGUCGUUUGGAACAAGAAGAUUUUGUAGCAAUUCGAUUGGAAAGUGGUUCCGAUACAUACAGAUUUUUUGCUCAGAUUUAUCAAUUGGUGCCUGUUCCAUCUUUAUUUUUUAUUGGUGAAAAUGGUACACCUUUGGAAAUUAUUGCUGGUUACACAUCAGCAACUGAUUUAGUUACUAAGAUUGAUUUAGUGUUAUCAAAAGUAGGAAAGAAUAAAAAUGCAUCCGUUAAUUUGAUAAAUGCAGAACAGAAAGCUACAUCUGCUGACAAUGCUAUUAAUUCUAAUGUAAUGAUUGAUGUAGAUAAAAAGAAUGAUAAUGUAAUAAAAUCAAAUGUAGAAGCCCCAAUAACAUCGGAAAGUGAGAGUAACAAUAUAAUUAAAAAUGAUGUUAAAGAAGAAGCAUCCACAAGUUUAAAAGUCAAUGAACCAUCAGAACCAGUUAAUGAAACAAAGGUGAUACCUGCCAAAGAAUUAACAACAGAGGAAAAAAUUGCAAGAGCUCAACGGUUAAUAGAAUUGCAAAAUAAACAACGUAUAGAAGAAGAAGCAAGAAAAGAAAAAGAAAGAGAAAUAGAACGUCGUAAAGUUGGUCGCGGCGUACAAAAAUUACGACAGAAACAGCAAGAUUUUGAAAUAAAACAAGCUUAUGAAGAGAAAAUGAAAGAAAAAGCAGCCGAUGCAGUAGCCAGGGAAAAAGUAUUGCAACAAAUUGCUCAGGACAAAUUAGAAAGAAAACAGAAAGUAGCUAUACAGCAGCAGCAUGUACAACCACAAAAUGAUUCAGAACCAUCUGAACCACCGAUUUCCAUGGCAACUAUCAGUAGAAUACAAUUCCGAUUGCCAUCUGGUAAUCCUUACAUCGCACAGUUUGAACCAACAAAUACUUUACGUGAUUUACGUACUUACGUCGUAAAGAACAUUAAUUUACCAUUCCGUCAUUUCCCUAGACGAGAAUUAACAAAUGAAGAUGACGAUAAAACUCUUUUAGAAUUGGAAUUAGUUCCUACAGCAGUUAUUUUAAUUCUGCCAUUGAAAAACUCGAAUGUUACAACAAAUGUGUCAUCUGCAAGCGAUGUUCAUAUACUACCGCAGUUUGUUUGGUCCACUUUUGCAAUUUUCACAGCUGUGUACUAUUACCUGUUAAGAUUUUUCACCGGAGAUUCACGUAAAAGUACAAAGAAAGAAUCAAGCAAUUCUGCUGAAAAUAAAGAUGCAGGAAAGAAUGCAGGGGAAACAGUUACAUCAAAUGUUCAAAAUAUUGCCAGUACAUCAGGUUUGGUUAGAAGAUAUUUAGGUAGUCAAGGAAGUGCAACUAUCAAAACUGAAGGAAAUAUACAUAGACUGCAUUCAAGUGGGGAUGAUAAUGAUGAAAAUAAUACAUGGAACGGGAAUUCCACGCAACAAAUGUAGAUUAUUACAAAUCAAUAAAGUUCUAACGAGCUUUACUGUUUCACUAAUCAGAAUUUUAGAUAUAUAACAGAAAUUACAUCUUCAAUUUAAAUAUAUUUUGUUAAACUUUUAUAUAAUUUCGUUGUAUUGCACUGCAAUUGGGUGUCAUCAAUUACGAUCAUAAUUACGAUGUCACGCUUUGCCUGAAUUUAUGAAAUAUUUUAUUUGUGGAAAAAGGUUUAUUUGUGUUGUAUAUUCGCUAGAAACGCAUCCGAUUUUACACGAUUUAAUAUCACCUUACGAAAUGUUAAAUCAAUAAUCGAUUUUAAUAAGUUAAAAAACGAUAUAAGGACCAAACGCAAUUAAUCAACUGCGAUGCGAAAGAUAAGCUUAUAUCUCGAAAGGAAUUUCGAAUAUGCAUCCCUGUAUUCGUAUUAUGUGUGU